AAUCUUCAUAGCUGGAUUCCUUUGGCCUCAGACAUGGAUUUUAUAUUUAACUUCUGUGUUAGUGGGUGCUGGUGCUGCUUUGAUUUGGACAGGACAAGGAAAUUACCUGACUUUAAUGUCAGACCAGACAACAAUAUCACGUAACUCUGGAAUCUUCUGGGCCAUGCUUCAGAGCAGUCUGUUGUUUGGUAACAUCUUCGUAUACUAUCAGUUCAUGGGAAAAGAGAUUAUUGAUUCCUACACUAGAACAAUAGUAUUCUCAGUGUUAACAAUUGUUGCUGUGAUUGGUGUAUGCGUAAUGUGCAUAUUGCCCAAACCUGGCUCUGAAGGAGGAGGCCGUACUGAUGACUUGGGAGGUCCAUAUGCAGCACUGAAGAAGUCCUUUGCACUAUUUAAAACCAAAGAUAUGCUUCUCUUAUCUGUUACAUUCUUUUAUACAGGCAUUGAGUUGUCAUUCUUCAGUGGAGUGUACAGUGCCUGUCUUGGGUCAACACUAAGGUUCCCAGAUCCCAAACGCUUGGUUGGACUGUCAGGCAUGUUCAUAGGUGUGGGCGAGAUUUUGGGUGGAGGAGUAUUUGGAAUCUUUGGAAGUAAAACGGUGAAAUCUGGUCGAGACCCAAUUGUGAUUUUAGGAUAUGUGGUUCAUAUGGUUUGCUUCUUCCUUAUUUUCAUGAAUCUCCCAACAAAUUCACCUCUUCAAAAUACCCAUGAUACAUCCUUUUUGCCAGGUGGACAGCCCAGUGAGGUGGUUGCCUUGAUGUGCAGUUUCUUACUAGGAUUUGGAGAUGCCUGUUUCAACACUCAAAUAUACUCCAUCUUGGGAUCAGUAUACCCAGAUAACUCUGGUCCUGCAUUUGCACUCUUCAAGUUCAUGCAAUCUCUUUCUGCUGCUGCUUGCUUUUUCUACUCUAGUAUCUUCCAGCUGUAUUGGCAUCUUGGUAUCUUGGUUGUUUUUGCCACCCUCGGAACUCUGACUUUCUGUAAGGUUGAAUGGAGGGCAUACCGCCGUCAGAGGGCAAAGCCAGACACCACUGCUUACGACUGAAUGGCUUGGCCAUGAAUUAGGGAAAAAGCUUAUAAUUGUAUGAUAUACAGCUCCUCUGGAAGUGUUAUACUACAGUUCUUGAGCAGAUAUUAUCAUACCAUGAACAAACGAGUAUGCAUCACUAUGAUCCCAAAAGGACCAGAAAGUAACUAUUUUUACUGGCAGUUAGUCAGGUUAAUCUGUGGUUUUAUGCAUAAAAUUCUUAUACAAAUCUGUUUGUAAGUCAUUGUUGAUAUUGAAAGGUGGUAGAGAAAUUGGUUGUGAUACACAUACAUACAUAUAUAUAAUGUGAAUAUAUAUAUAUAUAUAUAUAUAUAUAUAUAUAUAUAUAUAUAUAUAUAUAUAAUGUAUGUAUGUAUGUAUGUAUGUGUGUGUAUAUAUAUAUAUAUUUCAUAAAUUUGGUAAUGUGUUUGCAUCUAUAUUUUCAUGACUUAGUAAGAAGUUACUGUAAGGAAAUAUAGACUUUCUUGAGAAUUUAUCAGGAAAGCAUCAGUAUAUAAUUCAUCAGUUAUCUCUUCUGCUUCCCUUUUUCUUACUUUCUUUGUUAACUGAAAUUUUCAUUUUGUUAUUAUGCAUUAUACAUAUCAUAUUUUACUUUAAUCUGUUAUGUGCAUUAUGUUUCCAUAUAGUGCCAUUGGGUUAUUAGUGUACAUAAAAUGCAGUAAGGAUAAUGCAUUUAGUUUUAACCAACUUUCCUUUUUCAUUCACUUCAUUAUCAUUUAAAGAUUAUAUAGAAAAAAUAUUGUUGCAGGAGAUAUUAUGUUGUUCUACUUUGUUGACCUAAAUAAUAUUUUAUGUGAUAUUCAUCUUUGUCUUAGAUGUGCAAAACUCGCAUUUUGUCUCCAUUGUGUCACAGAAACACAUGGAUAUAUAAUGCAGGAUAUGAAAUAAAUACAGUUAACCAAGCUCUUUUAUGGAACUGAAGGUUUUUGAAGUGUUUUAGCUGGAUUAUGUUAUGCAGAUGUAUUAUUUUUUAAAUAUAACUUUAUUGAAGA